CCCGUACGCAAUCUGUCAAGCGGCAAAUUAUUUGUUGUCGUGUACCGAAAGUAAUUUGUGAUCGCGUUGUUAAAUAUUUUUUCACAUUUCAACUUUACUGUUUCAACCAAGUUCUAAUUUUAUAAUGACUAAUAAAAAAGAAGAAAAGCCCCAACUGGAAAUUGAGGUUGUAAAAAUAAACAAAUGGGAUGGAUCUGCUGUGAAACAUGCACUAGAUGAUGCAGUGAAGAAUUGUCUAUUAUGCGAUCGUCCACAAUUAAAGGAACAAUUCGGUUUGAUCAACACCCGGCUAGUGUUGUGCGCACUGGCCGUAGGUGUUGCAGUUCUAGCGCAUGGUUGGGAUUACACACACCCUUUCCCAGAAUCUCGCCCAGUCUUGCUUUUUAGCGUAAUUGCCUAUUUCGCGCUAAUGGGAAUUCUCACACUUCAUACAACAUUCCGCGAAAAAGGUACUUUUGCGGUUGCAAUCCAAAAGAAUGGUAAUAAUGGACCACGAACCUGGGAAGCUAGCUCCGAUAUGAAGAAAUACGAUGACAAGUACAUACUCACUUUUACUGUAACGGACACCAAAGGUGUGCGUGAAGUAAGCAGCACUAAAUCAUGUGCCAAUUUUAUUGACGCCAAUGGUGUUGUGUUGGAUAACUUGGUUGCAAAUGAAGUCAAUCGUUUGUUUAACUCCUUGUCAGCUGGGAAAAAGGAUGAGUAGCUAGCUCUGUCGGGUGAAGUACGAGUAUAAUAACAUAUUUAAAUUAUAGUACACACAAUGAAAAAGGCAAUAAUGUCGAUGAUGAUGGCGACGAAAAAGUUGAACGAGUUCGUGAAGGCGUUAUGGAUGUAGCUGAUUUAGAGUUGCAGCCAUUGUGUGUAUAAUAACAAAAUAAAUGUAUAUCGUUUUACAUUAGUAAUUGAAUAUUUCCAAAUAAUUUGUAAGCCUUUGAAUGCAUUUCGCCAAUAAUCAUUUUGUCCAAAAAUA